UGCUGUCCCCCUUCCCCUCCCUCCCCUCCGCAUCUGCUCUCCACACUGACUCGAAUCAAUACUUCGCCUCGGUCCCUCUCGGAGCCGCGGAGAGGCGCGCAGAUUGUUUCUCAAGGAACAUCAUCAAGCCCGGGCAUUUUUUUUUUACUUUUAUUUUUAUUUUUCUCGCCGUGGAAGCGGUCAGAUAGACCGUGCGUUGCAAUAUUUGCUGGAUCAGGAGGGAGGAGGCGGGCGAGGGGUGGCUCGUAGGUGAUUAGCGGGGGAGUGAGCGCGGAGUUUGUGGAUCAGUGCUGUGGAGCGGGGGCUCCGUCUGUGGAGCGUGCGAGUUGUCGUGUUUUAAAUCUUGUGCAGGCCACACCAGUGUAGAUGAGGUGAUCGCAAUCAGGAGUUUCGCGUGGCGCCAUCGUCAAUCAUGGCAUCAGGGAAUGUGACGAUCGGGGCACAAGUCUGGGUGGAGGACCCAGAGUUGGCUUGGGUGGAAGGAGAAGUCCUAGAGAUUAAUGGCAAGAACGUCAAAGUACGCUCCGUCAAGGGAAAUGAGGUUACCACAGUUCUAUCAAAUGUUCACGCUAAGGAUCCAGACGCACAGCCUGGUGGUGUGGAUGACAUGACGAAGCUGGCUUAUUUACAUGAGCCAGGGGUGCUGUACAACCUCGCAAGUAGAUAUGAAUUGGAUGAGAUUUACACAUACACGGGGAAUAUCUUGAUUGCAAUUAAUCCUUUUGCGAAGCUACCGCAUUUGUACAAUAGCCACAUGAUGGAGCAAUAUAGGGGAGCACCACUUGGAGAGCUAAGUCCCCAUGUCUUUGCAGUUGCAGAUGCUUCAUACAGAGCAAUGGUUACAGAGAAGAAGAGUCAAUCUAUACUAGUCAGUGGAGAGAGUGGAGCAGGGAAGACAGAGACAACAAAAUUGAUUAUGCAGUAUUUGGCCUACAUGGGUGGUCGAGCAAACACUGAUGGACGAACCGUAGAGCAACAAGUCCUUGAGUCCAAUCCUCUUCUUGAAGCUUUUGGAAAUGCCAAGACGGUUCGCAAUGAUAACUCAAGUCGAUUCGGUAAAUUCGUGGAGAUUCAAUUCGACAGGAGCGGUCGGAUAUCAGGUGCUGCUGUGCGUACAUACCUUCUGGAGAGAUCUCGUGUUGUUCAGAUUGCAGACCCUGAACGGAAUUACCACUGCUUUUACCAGUUGUGUGCGUCACCAGAGGAUUGUGAAAGAUAUAAACUCGGGGACGCAAGAAGUUUUCACUAUUUGAAUCAAAGUGACUGUUUCGAGUUAAACGGUACUACCAAUGGUCGGGAAUAUGUUAAAACACGCAGGGCUAUGGAUGUUGUGGGUAUUAACCUUGAAGAGCAGGAAGCCAUUUUCCGAGUAGUAGCGUCAGUGCUGCAUCUAGGAAAUAUUGAAUUUGUCGCAGGAUCAGAUUCCGACACAUCAAAGCUCAAAGAUGACCAGUCCAAGUUCCAUCUGGAGGCUGCUGCUGAACUUCUUCAAUGUGAAGCGAAAGGACUGUUGGAUUCAUUAUGUACCCGAGUUCUUGUUACCCGUGAUGGCAAUAUCACGAUGACCUUGAAUCAGGAACAGGCUACCAUCAACCGGGAUACUUUGGCGAAGACAAUUUACUCUCGCCUGUUUGACUGGUUGGUGGACAAAGUAAACAGAUCUAUUGGUCAAGAUCCAGAUUCUCCGUACUUGGUUGGUGUGUUGGAUAUCUACGGAUUUGAAAGCUUCAAGUUCAACAGUUUUGAGCAGUUCUGUAUUAAUCUGGCCAAUGAGAAGCUUCAGCAGCAUUUCAAUCAGCAUGUCUUUAAAAUGGAGCAAGAAGAGUAUACAAAAGAGGCCAUCAACUGGAGCUACAUUGAGUUUGUUGACAACCAAGAUGUUCUGGAUCUCAUUGAGAAGAAACCUUCUGGCAUUAUUGCUCUUCUUGAUGAAGCAUGCAUGUUUCCCAAGUCAACAAACGAGACGUUCGCUACGAAGUUGUUUCAGCAGUAUAGAAACCACAAGCGGUUGACUAAGCCUAAGCUUUCUCGCACUGACUUCACAAUUAAUCAUUACGCAGGAGAUGUUACUUACCAGACUGACUUGUUCCUGGAUAAGAACAAAGAUUAUGUUGUUGCCGAGCAUCAGUUACUAUUGGGAUCCUCUAGAUGCUCCUUUGUCGCAAGCCUUUUUCCCAGCUCUCCCGAUCAAGGCUCCAAAUCCUCGUACAAGUUCACUUCCAUUGGCACUCGUUUCAAGCAACAAUUGGGAGCGUUAAUGGAAACUUUGAAUACAACCGAACCCCACUAUAUCCGAUGUGUGAAACCUAACAUGGUGCACAAGCCUGGUCGCUUUGAGAAUUUGAAUGUCAUCCAGCAGCUGCGAUGUGGAGGAGUGUUGGAGGCCAUCCGAAUCAGCUGUGCGGGGUACCCAUCGCGGAGGACCUUUUAUGAGUUUCUCGAUCGUUUUGGGAUGCUGGCACAAGAGGUUCUUGAGGGAAAUUACGAUGAGAAGGCGGCAAUAGAACAACUUUUAAAAAAAAUGAGUCUGGAGAAUUAUCAGCUUGGCCAAACGAAGGUGUUCUUGCGAUCUGGGCAAAUGGCUGAACUUGAUGGCAAAAGAGCUGAGAUGUUGAAUAAUGCAGCAAAAACUAUUCAAAGACAAGUGCGAACCUGGUUAGCUAAAAGGCAAUUCAUUGCCAUGCGAAGAGCCGCAGUUACAAUCCAAAGAUACUGGCGAGGGUACCUUGCUCGUAAGCAAUAUCAGAAAUUGCGUCAAGAAGCUGCUGCAACAAUGAUUCAAAAGAAUGUUCGGAUGUGGAUCGCUCGAAGAAAAUUCCUUCGGAUCAAGGAGGCAAUUAUCAGGGCACAAUCUGGAUUCCGAGGAAUGCAAUCCCGCAAGAAUGCCAGAUUCAUAAGACAGACGAAAGCUGCUACUCGUAUUCAGGCUCAUUGGCGUGGAUACAAGGCUAGAUCAGAAUACAGGAAGUGCCGAAAAAGUGCUAUUACAAUUCAGUGUGCUUGGAGGGGCAGGGUUGCCAGAAAUGAACUCAAGAAGCUUAAAGUUGCUGCUAAAGAAACGGGUGCUCUGCAAGAAGCAAAGACGAAGCUGGAGAAGAGAUGUGAGGAGCUCACAUGGCGUCUACAGCUGGAGAAGCGCAUGCGGACGGAUAUGGAGGAAGCCAAGAACCAAGAAAUUGGAAAGUUACAAGCAGCAUUGAAGGAGGAGCAGAUUCAAGCACAGAAAGCCAACUCACAGUUGACCAAGGAACUUGAAGAUAAUAAGUUGGCUCUUGGUCAAGCUGCACAAGUUAUAAAAGAAGUGCCACCGGUGGAAGUAUUUGACGCUAAAGUGGAGAAGCUAACGAAAGAAAACCAAGAAUUGCAGGCCCUAUUGGAAGAUUUGAAGAAAACAGUAUCAGAAUCUGAAGAGAAAUUCGCCAAAGCUAAAGAUGAAAGUGAGCAGAGACUCAAGAGGGCAGAACAAGCAGAAGCCAAGGUCACUGAGUCACAAGAAGCUCUUCAGAGCUUGCAAGAAAAAUUAGCGAACAUGGAGUCUGAGAAUCAAGUUCUCCGUCAACAAACCCUUGUGCUAUCACCGACCAAGGGCUUGUCUAAUCGGUUCAAGAGCACUGUGUUUCAGAGGACUCCAGAUAACGGUUAUCUCGCCAACAAUGAUCACAGAGAAUCUCGUUCUGUGCCGGAGUCGCCAAACACAGCACAGAUUGAGAAGGAACACAGUGAAGCCGAACAGAGGCGUCAAAAGUUGCUGAUCGAUAGACAGCAGGAAAAUCAAGACUCUUUGCUGCAAUGUGUCAUGCAAGAUGUUGGCUUCAACAAUGAUCGACCUAUCGCUGCUUGUAUUUUGUAUAAGUCCUUGCUUCAGUGGCGCUCUUUUGAAGCUGAGAGAACCAAUGUCUUCGACCGAAUCAUCCAAACAAUCGGAACUGCUAUUGAAAGCCAAGAUAACAACGAUGUGCUGGCCUACUGGUUAUCCAAUACCUCUACUCUGCUAUUUCUGUUGCAAAAAACACUUAAAGCAAGCGGAGCUGCAGGGGGUGCUCCUCAAAGGCGUCGCUCUAAUUCUGUGACAUUGUUUGGUAGAAUGACGCAAGGAUUCCGUCAGUCUCCUCAACCAGGUUCCGUCACAUUUGGAAAUGGAGGCAUCAUGGGCGGGUUAGAUAUGUCGCGGCAAGUAGAAGCCAAAUACCCUGCUCUGCUUUUUAAGCAGCAACUCACUGCAUAUGUGGAGAAGAUUUAUGGCAUGGUCCGCGACAAUCUGAAGAAAGAGAUUUCUCCUUUGCUUGGACUAUGCAUCCAAGCACCAAGGACCUCAAGGGCUAGUCUAGGCAAGGUUUCAAGGUCACCAAGCUCGAACGUGAAUGCACAGCAGACACUCAGCAGCCACUGGCACAGUAUUAUCUCCAGCCUUAGUUCCUUGCUAAGCACUAUGCGUGCCAAUCAUGCUCCUCCUUUCCUUGUUCGCAAACUCUUCACCCAGAUCUUUUCGUUCAUCAAUGUUCAGCUGUUUAACAGUUUGCUGCUGAGACGUGAGUGUUGCUCAUUUAGCAACGGAGAGUAUGUGAAAGCUGGGUUAGCAGAACUUGAACAUUGGAUAUAUGAGGCCGGAGUGGAGUACGCUGGAGCAUCUUGGGAUGAGCUCAAGUACAUCCGACAGGCGGUUGGAUUUUUGGUCAUUCAUCAAAAGCCGAAGAAGUCACUUGAUGAGAUCACUCAUGAUCUCUGCCCGGUGUUAAGUGUUCAGCAGCUAUAUCGUAUCAGUACUAUGUACUGGGACGACAAGUAUGGCACCCACAGUGUCUCGCCAGAGGUUAUAGCGAAUAUGAGAGUUCUAAUGACAGAGGAUUCAAACAGUGCUGUCAGCAACUCUUUCUUGUUAGAUGACGAUUCUAGUAUCCCGUUCUCCGUGGACGAUAUAUCUAAGUCAAUGCCUGAGGUUGACAUUGCUGAGGUUGAACCGCCACCAUUGUUGAAGGAUAAUCCUGCCUUCCACUUUCUAUUGCCACAACCAGAUUCCUAGUUUAAGCUCAAUUUUACUGAUUAUAGGCUGUAUUUAGAGAGAUUUUUAGUGCAUAAGUUGCAUGGACCGGGACUGUCCACCAUCUGUAAUUUCCACUCUGGUAUCUUUUUCCCAGUGACCCUGGAGCAGUUAUUUGCUCUACCCUGGGUUUACUCGACAGUUAUUGAAAUUACGUGCUGAGUGAGCAAAAUUUUACAUUUUUGUCCGCCAAUUUCCCCCUGGUUUGAUUAUCUUAGUGAUAACUCCGUCCAUUAGGAACAGAGUGGUCACUGAGUUGUAACCUAUUGAUUACUUUUUAACCCCUGAUUGAAAUCAAGUUUUA